AUGGGAUCAUGUGGUUAUCGUAUUGCGUACGAAUCAGGUGACCGGUGGCAUUAUCUAAAUAUAAACAUAAAGAACUGCGUCGCCAACGCGACUGUGACGAGCGACAUGCAGCCGCUGGUGGAGAGGAUCAGGGAGCUGGAGGCGUUGCUGAAGCAGCGCGACCAGGAGAUGCUGGAACUGCGCUCGCAGCUGGACAAGUUGCAGAGCGUCUUCCCGUACCAGCAGUACGCGAGGGGAUCGCGCGGUCCUAGGAAGCAGAGGGCCCAGGGUAUCUCUGCGGAGCCGCAGACGAGCUCCUCCCUCCAGGACUUGACGCACCAAACAUUCCCAGUGUACGACAAGAGCGAAACG